UCCUGUCAAAACGUCACAUCCAAAAAAACAUGGCAGCCCACUUGAGCCGGCUACACCACAUCUCGCUCCACGUUUCCAACGCGGAGAAAAUAGCCAAUGACCUUGUGUCCAAAUUCAAGUUCCGCCUGUUCGCCAGCAGGCACGCGGGCUGCUCCAGGCAGCUGGCGUUCAGGAAAGGCGCGGCGGUGUUCGUGGUGAACGAGAGACGGAACCGGAGCGGGGACACGCGGACUUUGAAUGGGGAACCGCCGAGCAUCGCACGCAGACCGGACGCGCAGCGGGUCCAGGUGUUGGGGGGCGCGCGCGACCAGGGCGACCCGGCGCGGUGCCUGUACGAUGUCAGCGCGCACUUCCCGGUGGACACGGUGAGCAACGUGUGUUUCGAGGUGGACGACGUGGAGAGGUCGUUCAGCGCCCUCCGCCGCCUGGGCUGCAGCUUCCUGGUGCCGCCCACCACCGUGCAGGACGAGGGAGGCCUCGUCACCUACUCCGUGGUCAAGUCCGUGGUGGGCAACGUGUGCCACACGCUCCUGGACAGGACCAGGUACGAGGGCCUCUUCCUGCCCGGGUUCGACGUCCUCGAUCGGGACUGCAGCCGGGGGGACGAGGACGAGGACACGUCUUGUCCAAUCACACACUUCGAUCACAUCACCUACGCCUGUCCCAGGAAAACCACCCACCAGGUCAUGCGGUGGUACGAGCAGCUCUUUGGGUUCCAACGGUUUUUCAUUGACAGCGAAGAAGACGUCGAUGAAGGUUUUGUCAUAAACCAGGAGGGCAUGGGACUACGCCUCACCGCCAUGGAGUACUGGAAGUGCAGCAAAGCGGGCAUCGUCCUUCCCUCCACGGACAAAAAGGAGACCGACUGCAAGUUUGUCAUCGCCGAAUCACUGCCUGAACAAGGCAGGAACCAGGUGGACUCCUUCCUGGAGCAGCACGGCGCCCCGGGGAUCCAGCACAUCGGGCUGUACACGGAAAAUAUUGUCUCUUCUGCACAUGCGAUGGCCGGAGCUGGCGUGCAGUUUUUCUCCCCUCCUGCCGCCUACUACACUGAGGUGGGAAAACAGCAGGAGAUGGAGCGUGCAGGACACAAGCCCCAGAUCCUGGCACAAUACGGCAUUCUCCUGGACACGGACCUGCACCAGGAUCGCUCGCCACCGACCGCAUCCAGUGAAAACAGAAGAUACCUUCUGCAGGUUUUCACCAAGCCCAUCUUCGCCGAGGACACCUUCUUCCUCGAGCUGAUAGAGCGAAGGGGGGCGACGGGGUUUGGCGAGGGAAACAUCAGGGCGCUGUGGAGGUCGGUGCAGGCCUACAUGGAGAACGAGCGGAGGGAUUCUCAAGAAGAGGGAUCCACAAAAAGUGUUCACACUGCUCAGGUUUAGUCACUCCGAACAUUUUUAGCUGUGGUUAUUUUGUUUCAUGUCGUUUUGUGUAUCGGUAUGAGAGCACAUAGAAAAAAGAAAGGAAUAUAUUUAUGCAGUAGUUUUCUACAAUUGUUUCUUUAUUUCAGUAUAUGAACUCACUGAUUACUGUUGCGCUGCUAACAAAGAACCAAUUACAAUGUGUUCAUAUCGACCUUGAACAUAGGGUUCGAUAAAGGAUGUUGCAUAUUCUACUUUCAACGCUACAAACACAAAUACACUUGCUGUAGCGGCAAAAAAAUGUCUUUGUUUUCAAUGUCAAAGCCGAGGCGACUGACGUCUUCAGACUUCGUAAGUCAUCUAAGCUAAACAUCGGCAGUUGUGUUCGCACUUUCCUUGCGUAUUUCUAUUUUACGCUCCUUUGUACUUUUCCUCCGUUACACUGGAGAAGAAACUACUGUACGUUUUCCUCCUUAUAAUAGCUAAUUUGCCUUGCAGAUUCUGACUUUUACAACCUUUAUAAGCUUGAUAAAUUAACAUACCCAACAGACAGUAAGGUAUCAGGUAUGUGAAUGUGCCACUCAUAGGGGCAAUUUUUGCAUAUGUUAACAUAUGUUAAGUACGUUUGGGUGAUAAUACAUACUGUUGCCUAUAUUGAAUUUUGUGAUAAGAGUACGCUCAGGUAAAAGAUCUCAACACAUCCUCCGUAAUGGUUGAUGCCUUAUUAUAGAUGAACUUACAUAAUGAAAGUAGAGUUAACUCUAGCUCAAGCUACUAAAAUAUUAAUAUAAUGAUAUACUUUGUAUAUAGUAAUAUAAUAAGAUACCUUGAAAAUGGGUUUUGUUUUUAGUGCAUGAACAGUUACAGGAAGAACAGCUGCCCCUCUUCCAGUUGCUGUGGAGGUUCUAGUGAUGUGCAUGCUUUGGUAAAAUAACACGGUUUUACAGCCUCUUCGGAGGGAUCUCCAAUCCAAGAGAGAUGUGCCAGUUCAAUUAACUUGGCCAUAAACAUUAUAGGCGUCGAUUAGUGGAAUGAACGAGAAGCAGUGAAAUAGCGAUGGCGUUCUAUGAAAGCCAUAUGGUCUUUUUGUGUCGUGACUGAUGUUACAGUAUCCCAUCAAGAAACAUUGGGAAAAUAUUUUCAACCACAAGCUUAAAAAAAAAUCAAUUUGUAAAUACAUGUACUUCUGCAUUUUGA